UUCUGCGCUUCUCCUUCCGGGUCAGGGGGCGGGGCGGCAGAACACAGACAGCAUGGCGGCGGACGGAGUGGUGACAAAUGGCCGGGAGCAGGCUUCCCUGAACGGCGAGCCGGACGCCAAGCGGGCCCGCGUCCCCGCCGAGCCCCGGAACCAAGUGACGGUGGUGCUCGGCGCGCAGUGGGGCGACGAGGGGAAGGGGAAGGUGGUCGAUCUCCUGGCCAUGGACGCCGACAUCGUGUGCCGGUGUCAGGGGGGCAACAACGCCGGGCACACCGUGGUCGUGGACGGCGUGGAGUACGACUUCCACCUGCUGCCCAGUGGGGUGCUCAACAGGAACGCCAUCUCCUUCAUCGGUGGGUCUCGGCACGAGCUCUCUCUGAGUGUGUGUGUGUGCUCCUGGCUGUGCGGUCCGGUUCUGACCCGGCUGCCUGUGGUUGUGCCGUUGCAGGAGAUCGGCGCCCUCCUGCAGGCGCGGGGCCGGGAGUUCGGCGUGACGACGGGCCGGCCGCGGCGCUGUGGCUGGCUGGACCUGGUUCUGGUGCAGUACGCUCACAUGAUCAACGGUUUCACUGCCCUCGCUCUGACCAAGCUGGACAUCCUGGACACGCUGAAGGAGAUCAAAGUGGGCGUGGCCUACACAGUCAACGGGCAGACGAUUCCCAGCUUCCCUGCUAACCUGGACACUCUGAGCCAGGUGUCAGUGCAAUACGAGACUCUGCCAGGCUGGGAGUGCAGCACAGAGGGUGUGCGCAGUUUUGGGGACCUACCCCCCAAAGCGCAGGCGUACGUCCGCUUUGUGGAGAACUACCUGCAGGUGCCAGUGAAAUGGAUUGGUGUUGGAAAGUCCCGGGAGAGCAUGAUCAAGCUGUUCUAAUGUGGACUUCAAGGGAAA